CAUUACAACAACAACACUACGACCAAGCGCAUGAGGCUGGGUGGUCUUCGUGGGUGGUCAAGAUGCGUUUGCUUCUCGACUGAUUGUGCAGUAGGAUGCAUUGUAAUCCUAAUUGACUUUUCUAACUCUUCAGAAAAAUAUGUUGCCAUCGGACAAAGUGUGAAUAUACCAAAUGCCGUACUUUCAGAUAUUUUAUGGAAUGAUCAAGACCGCUCCUUCGUGGUGUUAGGAGAAGGAAUCAUCAGAUUGGAGUUUGAUUCUUCUUAAGUCGUCAAGCAACCUCACACAAUGCUUCUCCUGCAUCUAUUUUGGCUUGCUAUUCUUGCUGUCCAGUCGUCAGGAAAUCAAAUAUCUAAUGAAAGUGACACACUGGUCAUUCCUGAAAAUACAUCUAGAGAUCUUGGUAACCGCCUCCGAAUGAAAGAGAAACCAUCUCUGCUUAUGUCACCUCUGGAUACAACUGGACCACAAUGUCGACGUAAAGCAAAAUGCGAACAUUUGAACAAUACAAUGUGCUUAGGAGCAAAAUUACCGUACUCUUCAAGCACAUUGGAAUUGGUUGGUCUGACUCAGGAGCAAAUGCAAGAAAAACUUCAGUUUUGGACUGCUCUUAAACAUGUACCAAGAUGCUGGGCAGUUAUUCAACCUUUACUCUGUGCCUUAUAUAUGCCUCGUUGUGACAACGACUCGGUUGUCUUGCCACUUCAAGAAAUGUGCAAGACAGCCAUGGGCCCAUGCAGAAUUUUAGAAUUGGAAAGAGGCUGGACAACACCUCUUCGAUGUGAUGAUACCGACAGGUUUCCUCUCAAUUGCAGCAAAAUAGAGGCUCGUGAGGUGCGCUUCAAUACCACCUCUGAAUGCAUGGCACCUUUAGUACCUACUGAUAACCCUUCUGCAUUUUUCGAAGGGACAGAGGGUUGUGGUAUGCAGUGUGCCAACCCCAUGUUUACUCCAGAUGAACAUCGCCAGAUUCAUGAUCUCAUUGCAUGGGCUGGUGGCGUAUGUGCUGCUGUUAAUUUCUUCACAGUUGCAUCUUUUCUGAUUGACUGGCGAUCAGCUAACAAAUACCCAGCUUUGAUAAUUUUCUAUAUCAAUUGCUGCUUUCUGCUAGUGUGUGUUGGGUUCAUGGCACAAUUUUUACCAGGAGCAAGAGAAGGCAUUGUGUGCCGUAAGGAUGGUACACUCAGAAUGGCAGAACCGAGUGCAGGGGAAAACUUGUCAUGUGUCAUAGUCUUUGUGCUAAUUUAUUAUUCUUUGAUGGCUGCAUGUGUAUGGUUUGUUAUUUUAGCAUAUGCAUGGCACCUAAGUUUUCGAGCAUUAGGUAAAAUCCAAGAUCGUAUUGACAAAAAAGGGGCAUAUUUUCAUCUUGUAGCUUGGUCUCUUCCUCUUGUUUUGACUAUAACCACAAUGGCUAUUGGUGAGAUAGAUGGCAAUAGCGAGUUGGGCAUUUGCUUUGUUGGGUAUAUGAAUCCAGCAGCAAGAGGAGGGUUGCUCCUAGGGCCCAUUGCUGUGUUAUUCUCAGCAGGAGCGUAUUUUCUAUUAAGAGGUCUCAUCACUCUUAUAAAAGUUAAGAUCAAUAGCCAUGAAAUAAUUUCUGAGAGAGCCAGUGCCAAAAUAAGGGAGACUAUUGUGAGAAUGGGAUUCUUUACCUUAUUCACUUUUAUUUUUGUCGUUGCUACCUUUGUUGUGCACAUUUAUGAAUUCCAACAUCGGCGCUCUUGGAAGGAAAGUUUCCGCACUUUCAUGAUAUGCAAGAUUAUGCGAAGUGGUGGUGUAUUGACAGAUGGUGUUGGCCUGACUGGGCAUGGUGACUGUCGCAUUGAAGUGCGUCCCAGCCUGGCUAUGGUUCAGUUGCAUCUUUUAGCUCUAUUUACUUGUGGUGUUGUAAUGUCUUCCUGGGUUUGGACGUCGUCAACUGUAGACACUUGGAUCCGAUUCUUAAAAAGCAGGUUUUUUAACCAAGAAGAAGAAGAUGAACCAGUAAAAAUGAAAAAGCACAAGGUAAUAGCUCAAGUAUUUGCAAAACGGCAAGCUUUCAAUCGCGCGGGAAGGAUCUCUAUUAGUUUCCACAGCACCCAUGAUGACCCAGUUGGGCUUAACUUUGAGUUAAAUAGUGUUGCAUCUCAAGACAUGAGUACAACCUGGGCAGCUGCUCUUCCCAAACUUGUCACUCGAAGAGGUGCCCUCAUAGAUCCUGCUACAGGGUCCAUUUCAAGUCAAUAUUCUGAUUUUAGCCAUGGUGUUCGCAGAGUGUCUAGAUUGUCUAAUGAGUCUCGGAGACAAAGCCUUGAUUCACAACUGUCUUUUGCUCUGGGUGAGUUUACUGCGGGCCGUAAAGCUGGAUGCACUCCAGUUCCACCUCUGACUUCUUUGGGUGUAUCAGGAGGACGUGUGAAACCAAGACAUAAAAGGAAAAAGCAUCAGGCCAAACGCAGUCGAAUCGGCUUGUAUAACAGACGAGGCAGCUCAACAUCUCAAGAGAGUCAACUGGGAGCUCAAAUUUUAUCCACUUUCGGCUUGGGUAACCCUAAUCUACCAUCUCUGGUGCCAAACCUCAAGAGAAGAACUGGCAAUGCUGGGUUAAAUGAUGACCAAAUACUUCCAAGUUCUCUUACUACUGGAGGUAUGUUUAGAUUUCCUGAUCCAAGUGAAACUGAAGAUGAUGCCCUACCAGUACUUUCCCCAGGGAAGAAGAAAAAUGAAAUUGACCGACAGAAUGCCCCUGAAAAUAAGCCAGAUAGCAACAGCAGAGCAUCUGGAAAAACUCAAGGUGAAAUUGGCUGUGAUACUAAUGAAGGUGGGGGUAGAAAUAGCAAAUCUAGUGGCCAACAACAAGUGCAGAAAGAUGGUGCACAGAGCCGGGAUUCUAGUUUAGACAGUAGCUCGGUUUCUCCAGAUAGAAAAUGUGGAGACAAAAAUGGUGAAUUGAAUGGAGGAAGGAAAAGAAAUAACAGAAAGUCCAGGGAAAAACUAUCUGCUGAUGAGUCACAUAACAGAAUGAAACUCCUUAAUUCUAAUGAGUCUAAUAAAGUAGGUACACUGGAAACAAAAACUCACCAAGGUAUGACAUAUACCAAAGUGAAGUCGGAGUAUCCAAGUAAUGUUUACUGCAGUGAUGAUAAUUCAUCAGCCAGUGAUGAAGAGCAGGAACAUUUUGGUGUUGACAUUAGUUCAAACACUAAAGAAAAGCCCUUUCGGAACAGUGCUGAAGUAAGAAAGACACCAGAUAAAAAUACUUCUCUAAAAGAAGGCUCAAAGCCAAAUGAUGAAUUAUCAGACGCAUCUUCAUCCUCCUACAGCCAUGAAAUCUCUUGCCUGAACCUAAAAUCAUCCCUCUCUGGGAUAUCAACUGGAGCUAGCAAGCAUGUCACAGUUUCUUCGUUGAGACAAGCUCGGGAAGUAGCCACUCAAACGUCACUCUCAAGUGGUCUUAAUGAUGUAGGAAAUAUUGAGGAUGAAAGACAAAGAUUCUUAUCAGAAUCUCAUCCUAGUCACCAUUCUUUAUCAGACGCAUUGAGAUCUGACAACAUUUUUAAUAACAUCAGUAAUAAUCAUAGUUCUAAGAGAAGUUUCCAGGAUAAGGAAACCAAAGUCUCAAGAUCAAAAAGUAGUGAGAUGGAUAGACGCAAAAGCUCAACUGAGCUGGUUCGCAAUCCAAAUGCUUAGUUAUGGAAGUACUGUACUGGUUGGAUAAGAACAAAUCAUGUUUGUUGAAUGUAUUAUUGAACAUCACUUUUAGUAUGUACAUUAUGUACAAUAUGUGCCAAAUAACUUCUAUUUUUGAUAGAAUAAGCCUCUCUUUUUACUUCUUAGUGUGUUACAUAUGAUGAAUUUUUCUUAAGUUUAGGUUGAGAUUUGUGUGUAUGUUUGUUAUGAACUUGUGUAAGAAUACUCAUAACACUUAUUUAUUUAUGUGAACAUCCUCAUGUGAAUAGCAUGAGGGAUUUUACUUGCUAUUUUUACAAUAAUGCAGUAUUUUAUUUUUGACACUUUUUUUUGUCAGUGUUUGGCUGGUAUCUGCACACAAUUUCCUUUAUUUAAUGUAGGCAGUAAACUUUGUAAUGUGAACCAGAAUUUAAGUCUGGCAUGAUAUUUAAUUUUACUAUGUUCUCUAAUGAAAGAACAACCACAAUUUGUUACUAUUUUGUUGACAAUUUUUGAAGUAGAGUACUUUUGUGAGAGUGAACUCUUGAAUAUUUCUCACUGUUAAGUUCACAAUACUAUAUUUUAAGACUGACAAAGAGACUGUCAAAAUGCCCUGGAAUUCGAGAUUAUACACAUUUUUUGUAUGUAUUGCUCAGUUGUAAUAAACACACCAUUACAUUUA